AUGAAAGUGAUUACAUGGAAUAUUAGGGGAAUAAAUAAGCUUUACAAGCAUAGAGAGCUUAAAGUUUUUAUUAAAGAGAAUAAAGUAGGAGUAAUUGCCAUAGUAGAGCAUAGAGUAAAGGAAAUAAGAGCUGAUAAGCUCAUCAAGAAGCUGGUACCUGGUUGGAGCUGGUGCAAUAACUACAACUCAUGUCUUAAAGGCAGGAUAUGGACAUUAUGGAACCCAAACUUGGUGGAUUUUCAUAUGUUGCAUGAACAUGGUCAGUUGAUACAUGGGGAGGAUAGAAGAGGAAUUUGGAAUGAACUGAAGGGGUUAAACCAAAACAUUACUCAAGCCUGGAUAGCUAUGGGAAAUUAUAACUCAGUACUUGAUCAGGAUGACAGGAUACAUGGGAACCAAAUACAGAACAACGAAGUAUGGGAUUUCAAAGAAUUUCUGUGCGAUACCCAUAUGGUGGAACUUAAAUAUAUUGGGCGAGAGUUCACAUGGACUAAUUCUCAUAUACAUAGCAAAAUAGAUAGGGCCCUUGUCAAUGCAGCAUGGAUGAAUACUAUGAAGCAGCUGGAAGUCAUGGUUAUGGACCCAAUAUUCUCUGAUCACACGCCCCUUGGAAUUCAUUUUAAUAAUUGUACAGAUGGCGGUCCCAAACCAUUCAGAUUUUUCAACUAUGUGGCUGAUCUUCCUGAGUUUCAGGUGACGAUUCAGAAAGUUUGGGCAAAACCGAUGGAAAGUACUGGUAUGCAAAAGGUUUGGCAAAAGUUGAAAACGAUGAAAGCUAAGUUGAAAAAGCUAGCAGGGACUGAUUCUUACAAAGUAAGUGCAAAAGUGAAGGAAGUGAGAGCAAUGUUGCAAGAUAUGCAGGAGCAAAUGAGGAGUACGACACAUGAUACGAGCCUGUUUGCUAUUGAAAAGGAUCUAAAAAUUCAACUAGAGAAAUGGAGCAAUGUGGAGGAAAGUAUAUUUAUGCAGAAAUCAAGAUGCUAG